CCGGCCGCCGGCUCAGAGCCGCACCUCCUCCGGCUGCCCUGCCCUUGGUGCAGGGGUGGGGGCCCUUCGGGAGGCCGCUCCUGCCUCUCCCAGCUUCGCUCUCUGUUCCCAGAGGGGUCAGGACCUGGCCUUCUUGGUUCCCAGAGCAAGGUCUGGAGCGGACCCUGUCCUGUCUUGGUGCAGAACACACUUUAUUCUGUAACACAACUGGGGCUUUGCUCGUCUCUUCCAUCUGUUUGGUCCGCUGUUUAAGUAGCUUAUGCUGGAAGAUGCUGGGGGAGAUCGUGUCAUUUCUUGUGUGUUCAUUACUGUGGCGGAAUCAGUCACGCCUGUGGGGACGCACCGCCUGCCCUGUCGCUGCUCGUCCCCGUCGGCUCGCAGCAUGCCUCCUACGUCGGGCCUUCCACCUGGGACACACUCCUCGUGACGCGUCCUCUGUCCCCCGCUGUGUCUGCAGUGACUUCGUCCCCCCCCCCCCCCCGUGACGACACUGUCACUGGUCCACAAGCACGUUGGGUUUGUUUUUGUUCCUCCUGUCGAGCAUCACUGCGUGGCCUGUGGCUCGUGCUGGUGGUCACGGGGAGGCCUGCUGCCCUCCGCCACUGUGGCUUCCGGGGACUCUGGCGCUCUGUUCUGUGGUCACUUUAAAGGUCUUCUUUUUGUCUUUGGUCUUCUGUGAUUUGGGGCGCGUUGUGUGUAGGUCUCGUGAGCUUCCUGCACCUGUGGCUUGAUGUCUCACCAGUUCUAGAAGAUUCCUGUCUUCCUGUCCCUCAGGGCUGUCACUGAACCCAUGACACAACUUUCCAGUGUGUGCUCUCGCUCUGCCGUGUUUUCCACCCUUUCACAAUCCUGUCACGUCUGGGCAGUCUCUUCCCGUCUGAUCUCCAUUUAUGAGCGCUCCCGUCGCGGUGCUCCAUGUGCUGCCGAACCCCCACGUGCCCUGUCGUCCCCGCCGUGGCACCUCCAUGUGCUCCUUGGAUGUGUGCAGAGCAGGCACCUGCCAGCCUCGCGCUGUGCAGGACAUACUUCCCCGCCCCCCGCAGACUCUCCCUGCCUCACCUCUGAAAGGCCGCGUGCAUCCCACCCCUCCUGUCGCAGGGUCGCCUCCAGCCGCCGGCGGGUGAGCUACCCGGGCCUGUGCUGGGCCUGGCUGUGUCUUGAAGCCCCAGAUGAAUUCCCCACGGAAAGCCGAGUGCUGGUUGUGGGAAGAGAGCUACAACGAAGCCGUUCCCAACCACUAGCCCUGCGUUCUCAUUACGUCUCGGCCCCUCUGCUUCCCACCACCUUCCCGAGGCUGCCCAGCUCGCCCAGCGCCCUCCCCUGGGGUUGGGGUCGGCGCGGCCACGGUUGUCCGGGCUUCUCUGAGGUCCUGCAGACCUUCAGCACCUGCAAGGGGCUGCUGGGUGAGAUCCUGUCCGCGUACGAGUUCAUGGAUGCCGAGUGCAUGUGGCUGGUCACGCGUCACCUUCGCCUCGCCAGCCCGGUGCAAGAUCCCAGCCGGUUCAUUCCAGACCAGCACACAGGACGCCGAUAUCACGUUGCAGAAAGUGUCUGUGCCUCGGAACCUGUAGAUCCUGAGAGUCCUUUCUAUGUUCUGAUCGAGACCUCAGGCUCCAGAGCAGGCCAUGAUGCUGAGAAGCUGAAUGACUUCCUGGAGCAGGUGCUGAGCUCCGGCCUGGUGACGGAUGGGACCGUGGCCACAGACCACAUGAAAGUCAAGGCGCUGUGGGCCCUCAGGGAGAGGAUCUCGGAGGCGCUGAGCCGGGAUGGCUACGUGUACAAGUACGACCUCUCCCUGCCCACCGAGAGGCUCUACGACCUUGUGACUGACCUGCGCGCGCGCCUCGGCCCGCGGGCCAAGCACGUGGUGGGCUACGGCCACCUGGGGGAUGGGAACCUGCACCUCAACGUGACGUCAGAGGCCUUCAGCCCUUCGGUGCUGGGCGCCCUGGAGCCCUAUGUGUACGAGUGGACGGCCGAGCAGCGGGGCAGCGUCAGCGCAGAGCACGGCCUGGGCUUCAAGAAGAGGGGUGUCCUCGGCUACAGCAAGCCGCCCGAGGCCCUGCGGCUCAUGCAGCAGCUCAAGGCCCUCUUGGACCCCAAGGGCAUCCUGAACCCCUACAAGACACUACCUGCCCAGGCCUGACGGGGCCCGCUGGGGCCAGUGGGAGACAUGGGAGGGGCCUUGGUCCUGUUCUGGUCUUGCUGUCCUGGUCGAAGUGGGCCUGCAGGGCUGGCUGGGGGCGGGUCCCUCCCGGCUGUGCUGCUGAGCCUCUGUGCAGACGCCCUCCAGCCCUCUGCAGGUUGGGAGACGGCCUCCUGCUGCACGUGCCGGGUAGGCCGGUGGGCGAGCAGUUCUGCCCACUCCGGAGACCGGCUGCAGCCGUGGGAGGUGACGUGGGUGGUCCUGUCCCCCAUGUGGCGUGAGCCCCCGGCAGAGGUGAUGAGCUCUGUGUGGGGUCCGUCCCGGGUCACCAGGGUCACCUUUGAGCCAGAGUGACAGGGAUGGUCUCCACCCUGGAAGGCAUCGUUCCUCCAUUUUCUGGAAGGUCUGUGCAUUGGCAAGACCGUUGUCAGAGGUCAGCCAUUAGUUUUUCGUCUCGGUGGUUUGCUGUGAUGUGUCUGGUCUUCUGCAUCAAAGGUCGGUGAGGCCAGGGGCCAGGCCCGGGCACACUGCUUCCGCGGCCCUGGCCUGCUAGUUGCUGUUGCCCUGGGGCCUCCUGGGGCUGUGGAGGUCUGAGGUUGGGUAUGUUUUCGCUUUCUGGCCAUCAUGAACUUCCGGUAAAAAUGGGAAUUAAUCACGA